AUGCCGAAGCUCACGGAUGCCAUGAACCAGGCAGAAUCCUGGGAAGGUGGUUGGAAGGAUCCGGAGCAAAUGGCCGAUCCAGUGACGCCGGAAGCAACGGAGUCCUUCGGUAACAAAGGUUACAACGUGAAGGACAUACGGAAUAGCGCUAUGGGCGGCGCAAUGGGUUUGCAUCAAAGCAAGCCUGACGAAGGCUUCAUGAGAGCGGCCAUGGCUGCCAGUGAAGCUCCCAAGUAUUUUCCGUACACCACGUCUCAUCGCAUUGGCGGGACCCAUCCCCACGGGUAUUUGCCGAUGACCCCAGCACGUGCGCGAGCCUUCUCCAGGACCGACCAGGUGCCGUGCGUCACUGAUUUCUUGGAGGCCAGAUAUCGGACGCUGAAGCAGGCCUUGGCAGUGACUCAACUCAGCGCACGUGAUGAUCCUUACAGGUUCAUGGAGCUGCUGCGGGCUGAGGAACUGUCGAACUUCCUGAACCGCGCGGACAACUCCUCCAUCAGCAGGGAGGAGAUUUCCAAGCUUGGAGAGGCAUUGGCGGCCCUCCUAAAUGCAGGGCGCGGUGCCCGGACCGACUACACGGCCCCGCUGAAGCAUUCGGAGGAGAACGUGCCGUUGGACCUGGCAGAUGGCAUUGGGAUGACGCAACAGGUGAUGAGGGACGUCGUUGCGUAUGCCUUCAGAUGCCGCGCCACGACGCAUGGUCUGACAAUCGCUACCGCCAGAUUCUCACCGGCCACCGAUUAUGGGGAGACGGUCGGCGGCAACCAGGCCACUUGUCGUCGGUUCAAGCCAGGAGCUGCGCCGUCAGUGGCUGAGGAAGGUGCACCGGAGGCAAAGGUCGAAGCGGAUCAGGAGACCCCCGAGCAAGCUUCCAAGGUGGCGGUGGAUGCGGUGGAUGCGGUGGAUGCGGUGGAUGCCAAUGCCAUCGUGGCCACUUCUGGGGCCAUCUUCGUUGCCGGGCGAGGCGGAUUGAAGCGCUUCGAUCUGCCGGACCUGAAACUCUCCGCUGCUCAACCUUAUGCCGGCACAGCAGAUCCGCCCGGCUAUGCCGACCUGGCCGCAGGUGAGUUCCGCAGUUCUGCCACAGGACCCGAGUUCAUCGUUUGUGUCGACCUGGAUGGGUGCAUCUUUCGCUAUGACUCCAAAACGCCUGGCUUCUCAGGGUACCAGUGCAUCCUGGUGGAAGGCUCAUCGGCGAAAACGUCCCACGCUUCGCUCGGAAGCGUCGCAGCGUCGACGACUGUCUACGUCGCUGCAGGUGUGAGUUGCAAGCGAAGAGAAGCUACCAACCUUCCGUCGUGGAGCAUUCCCAGGCUUGUUGAUUGGUUCCGAUGGUUGGUUCCGAUGGCCUCCAAAAUGAACGGCUCAGUUCUUGGAAAAUUCGACAGCUCCCAGACUUCCAAGACUCCCCAGAGUCCUUCGUUCUGCCAGUUCGGUGGCGCCUCCCGUUUGGCCACUAGUUCCAGAGCGAUCUACCUAGCAGGUCGAGACGGUGUCGUGACAUCCUACUCUGCAGGUACUUUGAGCCUCACGGGCCGUUGUCGCUUACAAGAGGCUCCUGCUGGUCCAGUCAUCGGCAUGCGGGCCCUGCCAGGUUCCUUUCGGCAUAUCAGCGGCUCUACUGCGCAGUGCUUUCCUCUGUGUAUGUACUCGCAAUACCAGCGAUGUACCAGUUGGCGCGGCUACGCGGUGGACCCCGAGUUCCUGUCUUUGGCAGCAUCAGUGCAGGGCUUAGUCAACCCAUCUGAUCGCUCCACAACCAGGGACUUGGCCUUUGUGGCAGAUGUGGCUGGUCCGUCCAUCCAUUUGUGGAGCACCAAAUCCUGGCAGUGGCUGUCACGGCUGGAGUUGCCGCAAGGACUGCGCACUGCCAAGCACUGCCACAGCACCGUGGAUAGCCGUCUCUACAAUGAAGUUUGCCAAAACGCUGUCAACUCAGCCGCGGGUGGGGAAGGCUGGAAGGAGAGCUUCUGCAGGAAUGGCGACCGCGUGGCUGGCGUGGUUUUGGAUGCAAAACGUGCAGUGAAGGUUUUCUUUGGAACCCUCAUGGCCAUCGUCAACGCUGGGGCCAGGCAGUACGUCAACUACAAGAUGCUCAAGAAGGCUCUGAAGUUGGAAGAAGCUCAGGCAGUCCCCGCUUUCUGCAACCUUCUGGAAGCGGAAAUCAAAAAGGUGCAGAGCUUCAUGAUGCAGCAACACGAGAUCCUCUGGCAGGACCUCUCCGCGGGACUGGAUGACAUUAGCAACCCAGUGAGGAGUGCCCUGGUGAGUGUGAAUGGUUGUGAAUCGAUGGUAGAAACCAUCCAACACAUCCAAAGUUACGUGGCUUUGAACCAGAUUGCUGUGCGCAAGAUCAUCAAGAAAUUCGACAAGCGCUUCCACGUUCAGUUUAAUGAGAUGAUUUCCAUGCCCGUGAAAGAUGUGAAAGCGAACUUGGUGAUCAACGCGACGAACAUUGGCACCUGGCUCCUGGCACCCGCACAGCAGUGCUUGAGGUUGGUGCGCAACUUCAACACAGCCCAGGUGGGGGGCAUUGAACGACCCCUGCGGCAGUUCAGUUUCUGGGUGCAGGAGCUUCGUGCCGGUGCUGUACUGGCUAAGUCAUCCGUGGCAGGUGAGGCGGCCAUGAACCUUCGCCUGCAACUCACAUGUGGAAAGGACCUCCAGUGCAGAGUCAGGAACACAUUUAUCGAAGUUGGUGAGAAGGAGAUGUGUGCCGCACGCGGACGCUCUAGCUCUCUUCCUCCCCGACUGCGUGAGCAGUCGUCUCUCCCGGACUUGCCCAUCAUUGCUUUGGAACACGUGAUUUGCGAUACCUUGGAGGUUGCUCCGCCGAAUCGAGAGGUCUGUGAGUAUGACAGCGAAUCAGCUUAUGAAGAGUAUUCCCCGGCUCAGGGCAGCAACUGGCAGCGGGACGAAGGCGAAGCAAAAGAGGCCAAGGUCGAUGCCACUUGGCAUUCCUAUCCAGUCAGAGAGGCGCAUCGCUGGGUUUCUGCAAGCACCGCAACGCCCUCGGGCAAAUCCACGAUGGCCUCGGCCCAACAGGGCAUUGUUGAUUCACCCUGGGAACAGAAAGGCAAAGGCCGCGGCUGGGAGAUGUUUCUGUCCGCGUCUCACCUUCCCCUUCCGCAUCCUGUGCCACGUCCCACCGGCUUCGCGCCGUGCCAUGGAGCUGUGCCCCGACCUCCGCCUCUGCGCUACGCCCUGCUUGCGGCUGGGUGCCGCCUGACCUGCCGUGGCGUGCGGGGUGGAAAGGAGGAACUGUUGCGCAGCGGCGUGUGGGAAGGAAGCUGGCAAGAUGUGCUGAAGGCCUGCCACCGCGACCGCUGCGACCUGGGAGCGUCGCGGUCCGCCAUCGCGCUGCUGGGGGCGGAGCUAGUGGCCGAUGCUGGGGGUCUGCCGGAGGCUGCAGCAGAGCUGGCACAGGCGCUGCGGACGCCACGGCUGGUGGCCUGCGUGGCAGAUGGCGCCAUUGGACCCCACUUCCAAUCUCAUGCAGUGCCUCCCUGGCGCCGCUGGCUCCGCCGCUGGCUUUCCCGCUGUUUCCGCCGGAGCGCCAGCGUUGUGGAGGUCGAAUCCUCCAGGGCACUUGCGGUGGCGAUGUUCCACUGCAAAGCGACACCGGUGAUCCUGUCCUCCCAGGGAUUUCCAGAGGAAAUCUCAGAGGUGACCUCUGCCGUGCUCCUGGCAGAUGACUUGGACAGCUGCGACCGUGCGGCCUCGAAGCUACGACAGAAGUGGCCCCGGGCUGCGGUGGUAGGCGCAGUGGGUGCACGCUGGCUAAUGAAGGAUCGACCCGUACCGUCUCUGGCAGCAUUGGGAGCAGAGGGUGGCUUCCCUUCAGGGCCUUGCGGAACUGUUCGUUUGGGGAACGGAGCCGUUGCUCUGCUUUUGCAUGGACCACGCCUGAAGGUCCUCCGCUGCGACGGCAUGCGCGCCGUGCCCCCGGCGCUGCCGGUGACGCGGCUGGCGGAUGGCGCGGAUGGCGCGGAUGGCGACGCCACGGUGGAACGCCUCGCUGGGGCGCCGGCGUGGUCCAAGUUGAUGGAGGUCUUCAAAGAAGCACCGCUGGAAGAUCAACUGGAACUGCGUUCACAUCGAGCUGUGGUCCGCGUGAGAACUCCCGACGGUACCCAGUCGCGUGUCCGCAUGCUGCGACGGCUGCCGAACAGCGAAGUGGUGUGCAUCCCUGGAGCCGGGGUGUGCCUGGGGUCAACUGUGCAGCUUUUGGUCAGGCAUCGAGGAGUGGCUGAAGAGAAUCUGAGGCUCCUCCCCGAGCGCAUUGCCUUGGAACGUGCCAUGUCGCCAUCGCCCUGGCUGGGAUGCCUCGUCUUCGCCGAUCGGGCGCGAGGUCAGCACUUCACUGCUGGCCGCGACGCCGCGGCGGCGGCCGCCGCCCUGCCGCAGGACCUUUCCGCGGUCGCUGGCGGCUUCUGCCGUGGGCAGCUGGGUAUGUCGCCGGGGGCGCCAGCGGCGGUGGAGCGACUCAGUGCGGUCUUUGGCUUUCUGACGGAUGGAGAGGAUGAGGAUGGAGAAGAUGAGGAUGGAGAGCCCUGA